AUGGCACUUGAUAAACAAUGGAUGAAACUUAUUCAUGAUCGACUUGAUGAUGCUUACAUCCUUGGGUUGGAGAACUUUUUGGAUUAUGGUUUUACAAGAUUGAAAGAAAUACGUGAGAUACGUUGUCCAUGCAUCAAAUGUUGUAAUGUAAUUUCAGGAACACGUGAGUUGGUUAAAUCACAUUUGAUAGUACAUGGAAUAAUCCAAAACUAUACCUUUUGGUAUCACCAUGGGGAGAGGUUAGGUGAGCCAUCGUCAGAUUUUGAAUUUGUAGAUGAUAAUAACGAUGAAGAGGAUGAUGGUGAGGAUGAAAUACAUGAAAUUUUAAGAGAUUUAUACCCCGCUUUUGAUGGAGAUAAUAUGAACAAUGAUGGUGAUGGUUUAUUUGCGGAGGAACCAAAUCUUGAAGCAAAAGGAUUCUACAGGAUCUUAAAGGAUUUUGAGCAACCACUGUAUCAAGAUUCAAAAAUUUCCAAACUUUCUACAUUGGUAAAGCUGCUUCAUAUUAAAAGUAUUGGUAAUUGGAGUAAUGCAUCAUUUACAAUGUUACUAAAGAUGUUGAAGGAAGAUUUAUUGCCUGAUGGAUCAAACUUGCCAGAUUCAUAUUACGAAGCAAAGAAGGCAAUUCGGGACCUUGGGCUUUCUUACAAGAAGAUUGAUGCGUGUAUGAAUGAUUGUAUGUUAUACUGGAAGGAUGAUAAGUCUCUUGAAUCAUGCAAAGUUUAUGGUGCAUCUAGAUGGAAGGAGGAUAAACGUAGUGGUGAAACCAAAUUUAAAAGUGGGAAAAAGUUACCAUGCAAGAUUUUACGUUAUUUUCCUUUAAAGCCAAGACUACAAAGAUUGUUUAUGUGCUCAAAAACAUCUUCUUUGAUGAGAUGGCAUCAUGACAAAAAAGUUAAUGAUGGAAUAAUGAGGCACCCAGCUGAUUCUAUAGCGUGGAAAACGUUUGAUGAACUUCAUCAAUCUUUUGCAUCUGAGCCUCGUAAUGUUCGACUUGGACUUGCUAGUGAUGGUUUUCAACCAUUUGAAAAUUCCAAAAUUUCCUAUACUAUUUGGCCUGUGGUACUUAUUCCUUAUAAUUUACCACCUUGGCUAUGCAUGAAGAAAGAGAAUUUUAUCUUGUCGAUGAUUAUUCCUGGUCCUGAGAGUCCUGGAGAUGCUAUUGAUGUUUAUCUCCGGCCUUUGAUAGAAGAAUUAAAAGAAUUGUGGGAAUCUGGAGUGGAGACCUUUGAUGCAUCAACUAAACAAAACUUUAAGUUACAUGCUUCUUUGUUAUGGACCAUUAAUGACUUUCCAGCAUAUGCAAAUUUGUCUGGAAGGAGUACAAAAGGAAAAUUGGCGUGUCCAUGUUGCAAUAAAGAAACUUACUCAAUCAGAUUACAAAAUUGUAAAAAAUAG